CAAGAUGGGAGGAAUAACCAAGGAACUCAAGUCUCUGCUCAAUGCACAUUUUAUUACGAAUGUGGUCUUAAGUUUGGUGUUUUUCAUUCUCAAAACAAGUAAACCUUUGUGUGAUUAUCUCUUCGAGGAUUGCUCUUUAGAAGUGAAAGAAUGGGAGUAUGUGACAUUUCUGGGCUGUAUAAUUGUGAUGAAAAACAGAAAGCAAACUGCCUAUGUGGAGUACGUGGGAAUUGUGUGUAUGUUUGCCAAGGUCUUGAAUCUCAUCCUGUUUUACAAACAGAACCCUGUAUAUGCCAUCGUCUAUGCUGUACUCUGUCUCCUUCAGAUAGUGUUUGUCCCAGCGCCCAUGUACACAGGUCCAGAAGACAUCAUAUAUUUCAGAGAUAGUCAUUUUGAGGAAGAAUUGGAGAGGGACAAACGUGUGACGUGGGUUGUCACAUUUUUCGCUGCCUGGUCACCUGCCUGUGUUAAUUUUGCUGGACCCUUUGCCAACAUCUCCAGCAAAUACGCCCUUGAAAAUUUGAAGUUUGGGAAAAUUGAUGUCACCAGAUAUCCUAAAAUUGCAAAUAAAUAUGAUGUGAAUGCAUCUGCGUGGUCUAAAGAGCUCCCAACAGUGAUCCUGUUCAGAGAUGGUCAGGAAUGGAUGAGGUACCCACUAAAGGACAGCAAAGGAAGGGUCGUCAGGUACAUCUUCAAUGAGGAUAAUGUUAUACGUGAUUUAGCCUUGAAUGAAAUCUACAAUCAGUGCAAAGCUCAUCUGUCCAAGAGGAAGAAGAGGAACAAGGAAGAGUUAACGGAGAACACAGACGACAAGAAAGAGAAAUAAACAAUCAGACUUUAGCUAAUCAGUGUAUAAAUACAGGCAGGCAUUUUUUAUGCUAUGAUUCCACAGCAGGAACAUUUCACUCUCCUUCACAACUCAGAGCAGUGUUACAGGGUGUUUGUGAGACAACACCAGGGCCCAGUUUCAGAAAUGUGUAUGAUAAUCACACAUAUAGGACAGUGAUACGGUAAUGGUGAUGUACAAAAUACCGUACGACAAAUGUACGGUAUUAAAAAGGUUGCAUGCAGCUUUGUGCAACUGGGCCCUGGUCUGCUGUGUUGUUCACCAAAUCGUGCUUCCUGAUGGUCAAAUGAUAAUGUGAAGACUUGGCCAUUCAUUUGUCAAUUUCCUGAUUUUCUAGAUGAUAACAUCUAUGGCCAACAAAAUGCCUGUCCCAUUCAGACGUGUUGGCUUGCCUGCCCAGGUUAUCUGGCAAGAUGUGAGUGUUAACCUGGAGAUUUCUUGUAGGCUGGUAUGGUGUGUUGAUUGACAUGGUUAGUUUGCCCUUACAGUUCUGCGUCAGAUAGAGCAGACCCUCUCUCAUCGGUUCAAGGCACUGUAUCCACUGAACGGGCUAGCAUAUUGCAGGGUGCCUAAUUGUUGUUAAAUAAACAGGCCAUCCAGUAGCAGUCGUCAUUUAUCAUCACACACACACCACUGAAAACUUGAAUUAAAAAUACUUUCAUUUAGUUGUUUAAAUUUUUAAAAACAUAAUUAAAUACAAUAAAACGUUGGAAUUCUGAGUUAGGCUUUAUCAACCAAAUUUAUUGUGUUUGGCAUCCUGGUCAUGUCACAGGGAUUUUUACCUUUACACUAGGCUGUUUGCAUAUUUGCAUGUUUUGGAUUUAAGGAAAUAAGAAUUUUGAUCAUAUAGCUGGAAACAUUUUAUCCAAGAAUUGAGGAUGCACAUGUAGGAAUACUCUAAAAAAAAAUUAUCAAGAGUGUUAUGUUAAGUUCAUUUUGGAGAUGGUGGAGUGGGGGGGAGGGAUAAAAUUAUUGUAAUGAAAGACUGGAGUUUGAAGCUACACCAUGCCAAGAGUUAUAAUUGCAUCAUGUAUGCUUGAAUUCAAGAAAUGAUUCAAUAAUGAAAUCCCAGUGAAGUUCCAAGAUUAUGUCUCUUUCAAGUCUGGUGACUUGUGUUGGCUGUGCAAACUUACUGCAGUGAUUUCAACAAAGUUUUCUGUGGCGGGAAAGACUUUCUCAAAACUCAUAACUGCUUUUGUAAAUGGAGUUGCCUGAACUAGAAUGCCACGAGGAAUCAUUACCAGUUAGCGUAUAAAGAAUUAGUUUAGAUGGAUUUGAUAAAGUCGACUCCCAUUUGUACUUGGUACAGUUAUACCAGUUUACCUACGUGUAUGUCUUAACACGGUGUUGUUGUUGUUUAAAACAACGGUGGCAAAAAUAGUUUACAUUUUAUACAUGUUUUAUGCGUGUAAGAAUUUUCACUGGAAUUAGCUGGUCAUUUUUCAUUAACUGUCAUUUUUACUGUCCUUCAUACACAUUUACAUUUGUAAAAAUUGUCAGCAGUAUGUAUAUAAAAGUUUUACC